AGUGAGUUGGUACCAGUGCUCCCAGUAACAGUGACCCAGCUCAAGGACCAUCAGCUUCACUGACUGGACUCUUUAAUCUGUAACACGGACCAGGACCCAGACUGUCUGCUGUCAGCACCACUGCUUGAACAUACAGGUCUGACCAAAGUGAUGCAGAGAAAACUGAAAACCAGGAGGCAGCUCAGUCUAAACUUCCCGAUCACCUAGAGUUGGUACCAGUGUUCCCAGCAGCAGUGACCCAGCUCAGGCUCCUUCAGUGCCACUGACGGAACUCUUUAAUCUGUGAAAAGAACCGGAACCCAGAGUGUCUGCUGUCCACUUCACUGCUUGGCAUGAAUCAGUGUGAGGACAAAGAUGACGGAGCCUCUCCCUCUAAAAUCAGAAAAACGGACAUGAAAGCUCAGAGGUACCAACAAAGACAACCUGGCACAAAACUUGAAUCUGGACACAACCAGGUGUCCUUUAUGAGUCAAGUCUCUAAGGAUUAUGUUUUUAAUUUUCAAGAUCAACCUGUAUCAGAGCCUUUGGAGGAUAAGGAGGUGUUGGAUAAGGAUGAAGAGCAGAGGACGAUGUUGGCUGACUGUCUGCAGAGCAGAGCUCUUGCUGCAGUUUGCCAGCAUCAACUUAAAUCUCAGCUGAAGCAGAAGUUCCAGUGCAUCUUGGAAGGCAUCGCAAGAGCAGCAAACCCAGUCCCUCUAAACCAGAUCUACACAGAGCUCUACAUCACAGAGGGAGAGACUGGAGAGGUCAACAAUGAACACGAGGUCAGACAGAUUGAAACAGCCUCCAGGAAACAAUACAGAGCAGAAACAUCCAUCAGACCAGAAGACAUCUUUAAAGGCUCAGCUGGAAGAGACGGAGCCACCAGAACAGUUAUGACAAAGGGAGUGGCUGGAAUUGGGAAAACAGUCCUAACACAGAAGUUCACUCUGGACUGGGCUGAAGACAAAGCCAACCAGGACAUAUACUUCAUAUUUCCAUUUACCUUCAGAGAGCUGAAUGUGCUGAAAGAGCAAAAGUUCAGCUUGGUGGAACUUGUUCAUCACUUCUUCACUGAAACCAAAGCAGCAGGAAUCUGCAGCUUUGACCAGUUCCAGGUUGUUUUCAUCUUGGACGGUCUGGAUGAGUGUCGACUUCCUCUGGACUUCAACAAGACUAAAACCCUGACUGAUGUCACAGAGUCCACCUCAGUGGAUGUGCUGCUGACAAACCUGAUCAGGGGGAACCUGCUUCCCUCUGCUCACCUCUGGAUCACCACACGACCUGCAGCAGCCAAUCAGAUCCCUCCUGGUUGUGUUGCCAUGGUGACAGAGGUCAGAGGGUUCACUGACCCACAGAAGGACGAGUACUUCAGGAAGAGGUUCACAGAUGAGCAGCAGGCCACAACAAUCAUCUCCCACAUCAAGACGUCACGAAGCCUCCACAUCAUGUGCCACAUCCCAGUCUUCUGCUGGAUCACUGCUACGGUUCUGGAGGAUGUGUUGAAAAGCAGAGAGGGAGGAGAGCUGCCCAAGACCCUGACUGAGAUGUACAUCCACUUCCUGGUGGUUCAGACCAAAGUGAAGAACAUCAAGUAUGAUGGAGGAGCUGAGACAGAUCCACUCUGGAGUCCAGAGAGCAGGAAGAUGAUUGAGUCUCUGGGAAAACUGGCUUUUGAGCAGCUGCAGAAAGGAAACCUGAUCUUCUAUGAGUCAGACCUGACAGAGUGUGGCAUCGAUAUCACAGCAGCCUCAGUUUACUCAGGAGUGUUCACACAGAUCUUUAUAGAGCAGAAAGGGCUGUAUCGGGACAAGGUGUUCUGCUUCAUCCAUCUGAGUGUUCAGGAGUUUCUGGCUGCUCUUCAUGUCCAUCUAACCUUCAAGUCUGGAGUCAACCUGCUGUCACAACAACAGUUAACAUCCCAGAUGUCAACAAGACAGGACAAAUCUGCAGAGACCAAGUUCUACCAUGAUGCAGUGGACAAGGCCCUACAGAGUCCAAAUGGACACCUGGACCUGUUCCUUCGCUUCCUCCUGGGUCUUUCACUGCAGACUAAUUCGACUUUGAUUACAGGCCUUUUUAAAUGUACAAGAACUGAUGUAAAGACCAACCGGGGAACAGCUCAGUACAUCAAGGAGAAGAUCUCAGAGUCUCCCUCUGCAGAGAAAAGCAUCAACCUGUUCCACUGUCUGAAUGAACUGAAUGAUUGUUUUCUAGUGGAGGAGAUCCAACAGUACCUGGAGUCAGAAAGUCUUUCCACUAAUAAACUGUCUCCUGCUCAGUGGUCAGCUUUGGUCUUCGUGUUGGUGUCAUCAGGAAAAGAUCUGGAUGUGUUUGAACCAGCUAAAUACUCUUCAAGCUUUUCAGAUAAGGAUCUUCUCUUUGUGAUGGGAGUGGUCAAAGUCUCCAAAACAGUUCUACUGAGUGAGUGUAACCUGUCAGAGAGAAGCUGUAAAGCUCUGUCCUCAGUUCUCAGCUCUCAGUCCUCUAGUCUGAUUGAACUGGACCUGAGUAACAACAACCUGCAGGAUUCAGGAGUGGAGCUACUGUGUGAUGGACUGAAGAGUCCUCUAUGUCAACUGGAGACGCUCAGACUCAGUUUGUGUAACCUGUCAGAGAGAAGCUGUGAAGCUCUGUCCUCAGUUCUCAGCUCUCAGUCCUCUAGUCUGAGAGAACUGGACCUGAGUAACAACGACCUGCAGGAUUCAGGAGUGGAGCUACUGUGUGAUGGACUGAAGAGUCCUCACUGUCAACUGCAGACUCUCAGGCUGUCCGCUCUGAGCUCCAACCCCUUUCAUCUGAAAGAACUGGACCUGAGCUACAAUCAUCCAGGAGAUUUAGGAGAGAAGCUGUUGUUUGCUGGACUGAAGGAUCCACACUGGAGACUGGACACUCUCAGGCAUGAAGAGAACACUAGUAACAACAAACAGUAUAAGACUAACACAGCCAGCUAG